GGAAGAAUGAAAGCUUGAAUUUAUUUGGACAACUCCAUAAACAGACAAACUAGCAAAGGUCUGUUCUUUGGUGAUCAUGACAGUCAUGAGUCGUGGCUCUCCAGUAGGAGGGAAUGAAAACCAGGGACAGGCUCCUGAUGGGCAGUCUCAGUCUUCUUUCCAAAAGAACCAGGUCUCAUCAUCUGACUCUUCCAAUGAGAAUUCUCCAGUGACUCUUGCAGAUGAACAAGGUCAAGGUGAUGCUCCACCACAGCAUCAAGAUGAAGAUCUUUCAUUCCCCCAUGCUGACCUGGCAAAGUUGGAAGAUAUGGUCAACAGACCUCAAUGGGUGUUUCCUGUUGUGUCAAAGGGAGAAUUAGAAGUACUUUUAGAAGCUUCUAUUGAUCUUAGUAAAAAAGGCCUUGAUGCUAAAAGUGAAGCUUGUCAGCGUUUUUUUCGAGAUGUUUUAACUGUAUCUUUUACCAAAAUCCUUAUGGAUGAGGCACUGAGUGGAUGGAAAUUUGAAAUUCAUAGGUAUAUUAUUAACAAUACCCAUCGCCUAGUGGAGCUUUGUGUGACGAAGUUGUCUCAGGACUGCUGUCUGUUUCUAGAACUUCUAGCAAUGGCCUUAAAUCCUCAUUGCAAAUUUCAUAUCUGUAAUGGUGCAUGUCCUUGUGAAUCAGUGUCCUCAAGUGUUCAGUUUCCUGAAGAUGAACUCUUUGCCUGUUCUCCAGACCUACGUUUACCAAAAGGUUGGUUAGUGGAUCUUAUUAACACAUUUGGCACAUUAAAUGGUUUCCAGAUUUUGCAUGAUCGUUUCAUUACUGGAUCAGCAUUAACAAUUCAAACAAUUUCAGCUCUAAUUAAGCCUUUUGGACAGUGCUAUGAGUUUCUCACUCUACACACUUUAAGAAAGUACUUCAUCCCAGUUAUUGAGGUAGUUCCACAAUUAUUACAAAAAAUAACUAAUGAAGAACUGAAACGAGAAGCGAAGACUGAAGUGAAAAAUGAUGCCAUUUCAAUGAUUAUUAAAUCUCUAAAGAGUUUAGCCUCAAGAAUUCCAGGACAAGAAGAAACUAUUAGAAAUUUAGAAAUUCUUAGGUUAAAAAUGAUACUCAGAUUGCUGCAUAUUUCUUCUUUUAAUGGAAAGAUAUAUGCACUGAAUGAAAUUAACAGGAUGCUGUCAAGUGUAUCAUAUUAUGCACAUCAACGUGGUAAUUCUGAGGAAGAGUGGCUAACCGCUGAACAAAUGGCAGAGUGGAUACAACAAAAUAAUAUCCUAUCCAUAGUCUUACAAGAUAGUCUUCAUCAGCUACAGUAUGUGGAAAAGCUAGAGAAGAUUCUGCGUUUUGUCAUUAAAGAAAAGGCUCUUACUUUACAGGAUCUUAAUAAUAUCUGGGCAGCACAGGCAGGAAAGCAUGAAGCCAUUGUGAAGAAUGUACAUGACCUACUAGCAAAAUUAGCCUGGGAUUUUUCUCCUGAACAACUUGAUCAUCUUUUUGAUUGUUUUAAGGCAAGUUGGACAAAUGCAAGUAAGAAACAACGUCAAAAGCUUCUUCAACUGAUUCGUCGCCUUGCAGAAGAUGACAAGGAUGGUGUAAUGGCACACAAAGUAUUGACUCUUCUGUGGAAUCUAGCCCACAGUGAUGAUGUGCCUGUAGAUAUCAUGGAUCUCGCUCUCAAUGCCCACAUAAAAAUACUCGAUUAUAGUUGUCCCCAGGAUCGAGAUACACAAAAAAUCCAGUGGAUAGAUCACUUUAUAGAAGAACUUCGAACAAAUAACAAAUGGGUUAUCCCUGCACUGAAACAAAUAAAAGAGAUUUGUAGUUUGUUUAAUGAAGCACCUCCAAAUUUAAGUCGAACUCAUCAAAGUCCUCAUGUAUUUUAUCGUCGUGAUUUAAUCAGGCAACUUCAACAUAAUCAUACUUUGGUUACUUUGGUGACAGAAAAUCUUGCAACUUACAUGAACACCAUAAGAUUAUAUGCUAGAGAUUAUGAAGACUAUGACCCACAAACUGUAAGACUAGGAAGUAGAUACAGUCAUAUUCAAGAAGUCCAAGAACGACUUAAUUUCCUCAGAUUUUUAUUGAAGGAUGGUCAACUUUGGCUCUCUGCUCUCCAAGCCAAACAAAUAUGGAACUGCUUAGCAGAGAAUGCAGUUUUCUUUAGUGAUCGAGAAGCCUGUUUUAUGUGGUUUUCCAAGUUAAUGGGAGACGAUCCAGAUCUAGAUCCUGAUAUUAUUCAGGAUUUUUUUGAAAGUAAUGUGCUUCAACUUGAUCCUACUCUAUUAACCGAAAAUGGCAUAACGUGUUUUGAAAGAUUUUUCAAGGCUGUCAAUUGUCGAGAAGGGAAAUUAAUGAUAAAAAGAAGAGUCUAUAUGAUGGAUGAUUUAGACCUAAGAGGAUUAGAUUACCUUUGGGAGGUUGUGAUAAAGAGUAAUGACAAUAUUUUGAACAGAGCAAUAGAUCUUCUAAAAGAAAUACACACAAAUCUUGGUCCCAGAUUACAGGCAAAUAAGGUAGCUAUCCAUGAAGAUUUUAUUCAGACUUGCUUUGAUCACUUGAAAGCCUCAUAUGGCAUGUUGUGUGUUUUGGAUAGUGAAAAAGACAAUAUUAGUUGUACAAGACAGGAAGCCAUUCAGAUGGUUCGUGUAUUAGCGGUUUUAAGAGAGUACAUAAGUGAAUGUGACAGUGAUCAUCAUGGGGAACGAAUUAUUCUUCCUAUGUCAAGGGCAUUUCGUGGGAAACACUUGUCUCUUAUAGUUCGCUUCCCAGUGCAAGGGAGACAAGUUGAUGAUAUAGACAUAUUGUCUCAUACAAAUGAUACUAUCGGUUCUGUGCAACGCUGCAUUCUCAGUCGUAUUAAUGCCAAUGUAGCCCAUACAAAAAUUGAACUGUUUGUAGGUGGUGAGUUGAUAGAGUCUGAAGAUGACAGAAAACUAGUUGAACAAUUAAAUUUGAAAGAUAAAUCAGUAAUUACUGCCAAGCUUAUGCAAAUAAAUUCCAACAUGCCUUCAAGUCCUGAUAGCUCAUCUGAUUCUUCUACUGGAUCUCCUGGAAUCUACUGUCGUAACUACAGUGAUGUUCCCAUUCCAGAGCUGGAAAGUUGUUUACCUGGUGUGAUAAUGUCACUGCACCCCAGAUAUAUAUCUUUCCUUUGGCAAGUUGCAGACUUAGGUAGUGCGUUGACUAUGCCAGCUCUUAGAGAUGGAGCCAGAAUACUCAUGAAACUUAUGCCACCAGAUAGCACAACUAUAGAAAAAUUGAGAGCUGUGUGUUCAAAGCAUUCGAAUCUUAGAGAAAACCAACUUGGUCAGUCUCUUGACUCGCUUUUCUUUGGUUCUUCUGCCUCCCGAGUUCUAUACUUAACAGAGGUAAUUUAUACCUUGUUAAUGCCUGCUGGUGCCGCUCUUGCUGAGAUUUCCUUGGAUUUUCAGUUUCACUUCUUGAAAAGUGGUGGCUUACACCUUGUACUGAGUAUGCUGAUAGAAAAUAACUUCUUGCCAAAUACAGAUGUUGAAACUCGUAGAGAUGCUUACUUCAGUGCCCUUAAGAUAGCCAAACUAUUGUUAACUACAGUUGGCUAUGGCCAUGUCCAGGCUAUAGCAGAAGCUUGCCAGCCUGUUGCAGAUGGUACAGAUCCUAAAACACCGAUUAACCAGGUUACUCAUGAUCAAGCUGUGGUGCUGCAAAAUGCCCUUCAGAGCAUUCCUAAUCCUUAUUCUGAAUACAUGCUUAGAAAUGUAUCAAUCCGUCUUGCUCAACAAAUAUCUGAUGUGGCGUCAAGAUAUAUACCUGAUAUACAUACUAUUAGAGCUAUACAAAAAGUUGUCUGGGCAUCAGGAUGUGGAUCAUUAGAGCUAAUAUUUAGUCCAAAUGAAGAUAUCACAAAAACUUAUGAGAUGACCACCAGUACAAUUAGUAACCCAGAAGUGGAGGAUGAACAGCUUUGCUGUGAAGCUUUGGAAGUGAUGACAUUAUGUUUUGCUUUCAUUCCAACGGCUUUGGAUUCACUUACUAAAGAAAAGUCCUGGCAAUCAUUUGUCAUUGACUUACUAUUGUACUGCCCUAGCAAACCUAUACGGCAGUUGGCACAGGAGCAGUUCUUCUUAAUGUGUACCAGAUGUUGCAUGGGACAUAAACCUCUGCUGUUCUUCAUUACUCUACUCUUUACCAUUUUGGGGAGUGUCACAACAGAGAGGGGGAAAUAUUCAGAAGAAUACUUCACACUUUUGAGGCGUCUUCUCACUCAUGCUUACAACUGCAGUAUUCUUGUACCCGAUGCUGAUGUUCUUCUUAGUGAUGAAAUUGACUGGCUCAAAAGGUUUAGGGAUUAUGUUAAAGACUCAGGUGAAGCAGGUGUUGAAGAUACAGUCUUGGAAGGCCAUCUUGGAGUAACAAAAGAGUUACUAGCCUUUCAAACUCCAGAGAAAAAAUACCAUAUUGGUUGUGAAAAAGGAGGUGCUAAUCUUGUUAAAGAACUAAUUGAUGAUUUCAUCUUUCCUGCAUCUAAAGCUUACCUCCAGUAUGUGAGUAGUGGAGAACUGCCAGCCAAGCAAGCUGUUCCAGUCUGUGGUUCACCAACUACAGUUAACGCUGGGUUUGAACUACUCGUAGCCUUGGCUUUUGGCUGUGUAAGGAAUCUUAAUCAGAUAGUAAAUUGUUUGACUGAAAUGUAUUAUUUAAGCACAACAACAACAACUUGUGAAGCACUUACUGAGUGGGAAUAUCUACCACCUGUUGGACCGCGCCCACCAAGAGGAUUUGUGGGACUCAAAAAUGCUGGUGCUACUUGUUAUAUGAACUCCGUGAUCCAGCAAUUAUACAUGAUUCCUCUUAUCAGGAAUAGUAUUCUUUCAAUUGAAAACAUAGGGAGUACUAUAGAUGAUGAUACAUUCAAGGAUGAAAAGCAGGGCAGUAAGAGUCAUGUUGAUCCCAGAGAUAUAUUUGGAUAUCUUCAUCAGUUUGAAGACAAACCCACAUUAAGGAAAGUAGAAGAUAGAAAAGAGUACAACAUUGGUGUUUUAAAACACCUUCAGAUAAUCUUUGGACAUUUAGCUUCUUCUCAACUACAAUACUAUGUGCCCAGAGGAUUUUGGCAACAAUUCAGGCUUUGGGGUGAACCUAUUAAUCUUCGUGAACAACAUGAUGCAUUAGAGUUUUUUAAUUCUUUGGUGGAUAGUUUAGAUGAAGCUUUUAAAGCUUUAGGACAUCCAACCAUGAUAAGUAAUGUCCUUGGAGGAUCCUUUGCUGAUCAGAAGAUUUGCCAAGGAUGCCCACAUAAGUAUGAAUGUGAAGAAUCUUUUACAACUCUGAAUGUAGACAUUAGAAAUCACCAAAAUCUUCUUGAUUCUUUGGAACAGUAUAUCAAGGGAGAUUUAUUAGAAGGUGCAAAUGCAUAUCAUUGUGAAAAAUGUGAUAAAAAGGUUGAUACAGUAAAGCGCUUACUGAUUAAAAAACUCCCUACUGUUCUUGCUAUCCAACUGAAACGAUUUGACUAUGACUGGGAAAGAGAAUGUACAAUCAAAUUCAAUGAUUACUUUGAAUUCCCAAGAGAACUGGAUAUGGAACCUUACACAGUAGCAGGCGUCACAAGACUGGAAGCUGAUAGUGGAAAUCCAUUGACUCAUUUAAUUCAGCAGAAUGAGCAAUGUGAAAGUCAAUGUGAAAGUGUGAUAGCAGGAAGCACAAAGUAUAGACUUGUUGGUGUCCUUGUUCACAGUGGUCAAGCAAAUGGUGGACAUUAUUAUUCUUACAUCAUUCAAAGAAAUAGUAAAGACAGCGAGAGGGGUCGCUGGUUCAAAUUUGAUGACAGAGAUGUAACAGAAUGCAAGAUGAAUGAUGAAGAAAUGAUAAAGCAGUGCUUUGGUGGCGAGUACAUGGAAGAAGUAUUUGACCAUAUUAUAAAACGCAUGUCGUACAGGCAUCAGAAAAGGUGGUGGAAUGCAUAUAUUCUGUUUUAUGAACAGAUCAAUACAACUGGUGAAGACAAGAUGGUAACACAUAUAUCAAAGCUAACAAUCACAAGACCUCAUCAGAUUAUGUCACCAGCCAUUCAGAGAAAUGUGUGGAAACAGAAUGUGCAAUUCCUGCAUAAUCAAAUGCAGUAUAGCUUAGAAUACUUUCAGUUCAUUAAAAAACUGCUUACAUGUAAUGCUGUGUACUUAAACCCUGCUCCAGGACAAGAUCGUUUGCCACCUGAAGCAGAAGAUAUUACAAUGAUUAGCAUUCAACUUGCUGCUAGAUUCCUUUUUACAACUGGAUUUCAUACUAAGAAAAUAGUCCGUGGCCCUGCUGAUGACUGGUGCGAUGUGCUCUGUAUUCUUCUCCGUCACAGCAAGAAUGUACGAUUUUGGUUUGCUCACAAUGUCCUAUUUAAUGUAUCAAAUCGUUUUUCUGAGUAUCUUCUGGAGUGUCCAAGUGCAGAAGUGAGAGGUACAUUUGCAAAGCUUAUCGUAUCCAUUGCACAUUUUUCUUUGCAAGAUGGAUCUUCUCCUUCACCCUUUUUAUCACCUUUUGCAAGUCCAGCACCUUGUGGUCAGAUAUGUGAUAAUUUGAACUUGAGUGAUCGUUUACUAAAAGCUGUAUUAAAUCUCUUGAGAAGGGAAGUUUCUGAACAUGGGCGACAUUUACAGCAAUACUUCAGUUUAUUUGUAAUGUAUGCCAGUUUAGGUUUGGCAGAAAAAGCUCAGCUUCUAAAACUAAAUGUACCUGCUAUCUUUAUGCUUGUGUCUUUGGAUGAAGGGCCAGGUCCCCCAAUUAAAUUCCAGUAUGCUGAGUUAGGCAAGUUAUACUCAGUAGUAUCUCAACUGAUACGAUGUUGCAGUGUCUCAUCAAGAAUGCAGUCUUCAAACAGUGGUAAUUCCCCUCUUCCAAAUCCUUUUGGUGACCCAAAUUUGUCACAGCCCAUAAUGCCAAUUCAGCAGAAUGUGGAUGACAUUUUAUUUGUAAGAACCACUUAUGUGAAGAAAAUUAUUGAAGACUACAGCAACUCAGAGGAAACAGUCAAGUUACUUUGCUUCUGCUGCUGGGAGAAUCCCCAGUUCUCAUCUUCUGUUCUCAGCGAACUGCUUUGGCAGAUUGCAUAUUCAUACACAUAUGAACUUCGGCCACAUUUGGAUCUACUAUUGCAAAUUAUUCUGAUGGAGGAUUCCUGGCAAACUCAUAGAAUUCAUAAUGCACUUAAAGGAAUUCCAGAUGAUCGAGAUGGGCUGUUUGAUACAAUUCAGCAUUGUAAGAAUCACUAUCAAAAAAGAGCAUAUCAGUGUAUUAAAUGCAUGGUAACUCUCUUUAACAGUUGUCCUGUUGCCUACCAAAUCUUACAGGGUAAUGGAGAUCUUAAAAAGGAAUGGACUAGGGCAGUAGAAUGGCUCAGAGAUGAACUUGAAAGAAGAACAUAUUCUUGUAAUCCUCACUGCACUUACAGCAACUCUUCUCCUCCAAUACAAAGCAAUGAAACAUCAAAUGGUUAUUUUUUAGAGAGAUCUCAUAGUGCAAAAAUGACACUUGCAAAAGCCUGUGACCUGUUUCCAGAAAAGAAUUAUGUACCUGAACAGUCAUAUUCAAAUCGAGGAGCACAUCUCUUGAAUAACCCUCAGAAAAACGAUGAACCACAAGAAACUUAUGAAAGCAAUGAAGAAGUAUCUUCACCUCUAACAAAGGAUCAGUGACACACAAAUAAAUAACUGGUUUGUUGUGUCGGUGCAUUUUGGCCUUAUAUGCAGAGCUUUUUCUGUGCCUGCUUAGUAUUUAAAACUAUAAAAAGCGAUUCCAAACAAACAUGGAGUUGGAAGUAUUUGUUCGUGUUUAUUGUGAUUAUAUAA